CGCAUCCCACAUCUAGCAAUAAUGUCUGAUGAGCGUCGAAUGCUGAACCGGUGAUCCCCAUGAUUUGUGUGCAAUUUUGACCCGUUCCUCAGGGACAGCCUUAUAAGUCUCUUAUAUAGCAUCCAGGUCCUGCAUCAUUUCCAGUGUGAGACGAUUUCUCCUCUCAGAUUCUCAAGCCUCCGUGCCGUUCUCUGGCUAUCACCAGGCCAUGUGAUGCCUGGACUUCCCAACGAAGCAUGAGAUACUCACAACAAAAUUACAACAAUCAAAGAGUUAGCAUCUCAAAUGUCAUGAAAUCAUGGCUCUAAUGGCUACUAGAACGAAGCUUGCGAGAGUUCUCACUGCUCUCUCUGCUCGAAUGCCAAAUUCGAGAUCAGGGUCUAGCUGCUCCAACCCAUUUGACGCGCUCCAUAAGUUCUCUUCCUCUUACUCUUCCGUCGCUCUGGCUACCGAGGAAUCAGAGACGAUGAGUUCGCGAUACAUGGGGUUGGAGACGCUGGGAAUCAAAGAUUACGAGGAUUACAGGAAAUCCCGUUACGGUGACAUCACUCACAAGGCUGUUCUUGUUGAUGCCGUUGGCACUCUUGUUGUGCCCUCUCAACCCAUGGCCGAGAUAUAUAGAAAAAUUGGGGAGAAGUAUGGGGUAGAAUACCCAGAGGACGAGAUUUUACACAGAUACAGAAGAGCUUACGGGCAGCCUUGGGGUAAAUCUCGGCUCAGAUAUGUUAAUGAUGGCAGGCCCUUCUGGCAAUACAUAGUUAGUUAUUCCACUGGCUGUUCAGAUAAUCAGUACUUUGAAGAACUUUAUAACUACUAUACGACAGAUAAGGCAUGGCACCUCUGUGAUCCUGAAGCUGAGAAAGUGUUCAAAGCAAUUAGAAAAUCAGGUGUAAAGCUGGCUGUUGUGUAAUUUGACACUCGAUUAAGACCCCUACUGAAGGCAUUGAACUGUGAUAACUGGUUUGAUGCAGUAGCAGUAUCAGCUGAGGUUGAGGCUGAGAAGCCAAAUCCAACGAUAUUUCUUAAAGCAUGUGAGUUGUUAGGUGUAAAACCUGAGGACGCUGUUCAUGUUGGGGAUGAUCGUAGAAAUGAUAUAUGGGGUGCUAGAGAUGCAGGCUGUGAUGCCUGGCUUUGGGGAAGUGAUGUUCAUUCCUUUAGGGAGGUAGCUCAGAGAAUUGGGGUCGAAGUCCGAUAGAUUAAAUUAAGCAUAGGUUGAAGAAUGCUUUGUAAUACAUAUCUUUAGUGAGGGUGAGUAUGUUCAGCUGAAGUCUAAAAUUUUGGUAAUUUUCCAAGUAUUAUUUGGUGGCGUGGGCCAGUCUGUAACUAGCAUAGACCAGAAAUGGAAAGUGCGGGAAGAAGCUUUCAUCUUUCCAAAAUUCACUGGGCCAAACAUGAUUACUUGUCUAAGGUUUCGUCAUAAGUAGGAAAGACUUGCAAUUGCAAGGCACUCCUUCCGCUACAUAUUAUAGGGUGCAUUUUAAAAAAAUCUUUAAUCCUUAAUGUAAGAUGCUUAUUGUAAUAUUAAUUAUGUUUUUGAAAUA